AUGUUUGGCGGAAUCAAGGAUCGCCUUAUUCGUUAUCAGAAGCAUUCCCGAAGUUCGAGACUUGAGUACUUCAAUAAUAAUAAUAAAGAAGCAACUGCUCAAAUCGGGGAUACCGCUGUGGAAAUCGACGAACCUCAGCGCAAGAAAACCGGAUCUAUUGGUGAUCCAAUUUCGACCACAUCAGGCAAGAAAUAUUUAUACAAAACGUCGUCGACACCGGUCGAGCGCACUCAACACUCGGUCAACCAUCCCACACCGCCCCGCUCGUUCUUCUCGUCAACAUCUUUGGCUGUCCAUUCGUCGACUGAACCCUUGAACACAUUCUCCUCGGAAGAAGAGCUUAGAAUGCCCAACAUCAAGGUUUUCUCUGGUUCCUCUCACAGAGAUCUUUCUGUUAGAAUUUGUGAGCGUCUUCAGUUACAACUAUCAAAGGCGUCGCUCAAAAAAUUUAGCAACAAGGAAACUAACGUUGAAAUAGGAGAAUCAGUUCGUGGCGAAGAUGUUUACAUUAUUCAAUCCGCUGCCGGUGAGAUCAACGACAAUCUCAUGGAGUUGUUGAUUAUGAUCAACGCGUGCAAAAUCGCGUCGUCGUGUCGUGUCGCUGCGGUGAUUCCUUGCUUCCCAUAUGCACGUCAGGACAAAAAGGACAAAUCGAGAGCGCCAAUUUCGGCUAAACUCGUCGCAAAUAUGCUAUCGGUUGCUGGUGCUGAUCAUAUAAUCACGAUGGAUUUACAUGCGUCGCAAAUUCAGGGAUUCUUCGAUAUUCCAGUUGACAAUCUUUAUGCGGAACCUGCGAUUCUCAAAUACAUAAAAGAAUCGAUUCCAAAUUGGCAGACUUCCGUGAUUGUUUCUCCAGAUGCGGGUGGUGCCAAGAGAGUUACUUCGAUUGCUGAUCGCCUCAAUGUUGAUUUUGCUUUGAUUCAUAAAGAGCGAAAGCGUGCCAAUGAGGUCGAGAAAAUGACAUUGGUCGGAUCCGUUGAAGGAAAAGUUGCGAUUCUUGUUGAUGACAUGGCUGACACUUGUGGAACCAUCUGUAUGGCGGCUGAUAAGCUCGUCGAAGCUGGAGCAUCGAAAGUUUACGCUUUCUGCGUUCAUGGAAUCUUCUCGGGGCCUGCUAUAACUCGCCUCAAUGCUUCCAAGUUCGAAGCUGUUGUUGUUACAAACACAGUGCCUCAGGAGGAAAAUAUGAAAAAAUGCUCAAAGAUCCAGUGUAUCGACAUAUCGAUGAUUCUCGCAGAAGCGAUUCGUCGUACUCACAAUGGAGAAUCGGUAUCUUAUUUGUUCUCACACGUGCCAAUUUGCUAA